AUGCAACUAACAUUUGUUGCUUUAUUCUUGUUCCUAGUUUCAAACGCCUGGUCUUCACCGGUUCCAAAAAAAAACGAAAAUGAUAUCCAAUUCGUCCACCCACAAAAUAAAAAACGUUACUUCGAUUAUGAUAGUUUUGGUCAACCUCUUCGUGGUUUAAACAUCGGCGGUUGGUUAGUUCUAGAACCAUACAUCACUCCAUCAUUAUUCGAGGCUUUCCGUACUAAUCCAGAUAAUGACAAUGGCAUUCCAGUCGAUGAAUAUCACUACUGUCAAUAUUUAGGAAAGGAUACCGCUGCUGAAAGACUAACUAACCAUUGGGACACUUUCUAUACCGAAGCUGAUUUCGAAGACAUCUCUAAAUUAGGUUUCAAUAUGGUUAGACUUCCAAUUGGUUACUGGGCUUUCAAGACUUUAGACAAUGAUCCAUACGUUACUGGUUUGCAAGAAGCUUACUUAGAUAAAGCUAUCCAAUGGGCAGCCAAAUACAACUUAAAAGUAUGGGUCGAUCUACAUGGUGCUGCUGGUUCUCAAAAUGGUUUCGACAAUUCAGGUUUAAGAGAUUCCAUCAAUUUCUUGGAUGACACUAACUUGGCUUUAACCACUGAAGUUUUAAAUUACAUUUUACAAAAAUAUUCAGCAGACGAAUAUUUAGACACUGUCAUUGGUAUCGAGUUAAUCAACGAACCAUUAGGUCCUUCUCUGGAUAUGGAUAAAUUGAAAAAUGAUUUCUUAUUACCUGCAUACAAUUACAUAAGAGAUAAUUUACAAAGCAAUCAAGUUAUUAUUAUUCAUGAUGCAUUCCAACCAUUCCACUAUUGGGAUAACUUUUUAACUCCAGCUCAAGAUGCAUGGGGUAUUGUUGUCGAUCACCAUCAUUACCAUGUUUUCUCUCCAGGUGAGCUAAGUGCUGAGUUUGAUGCCAAAAUCAAUGACGCUUGUAACUGGGGUCCUGAUACUUUAACUGAAGCACACUGGACUGUCGCUGGUGAAUUCUCCGGUGCUUUAACUGAUUGUACUAAAUGGUUAAAUGGUGUCGGUGUCGGUGCUCGUUUUGAUGGUACUUACCCAAAUUCAUACUACAUCGGUUCUUGUGCCAAUAACGAGGAUAUUUCUACUUGGUCUGAUGAAAGAAAGAUGCAAACUAGAAAAUUUAUAGAGGCUCAAUUGGAUGCAUUUGAAUUAAGAAACGGUUGGGUGUUCUGGUGUUACAAGACAGAAUCCACCAUCGAAUGGGACGUCAGAAGAUUAAUUGAGAAUAAUUUAUUCCCAAGUCCAUUAACUGAUAGAUUAUAUCCAAAUCAAUGUAACUUUGCUUGA